AGCCAACGAAAGAGAAUCCGCUCAUUUCUACAAGCUCCCCGUGCGCUCACCAGAGCAAAUCUCUUCCUCCGAAGACCUCGUAGAUCAGUUUGAGAAAUAGUCUUUUCUCUCUUCUCUCUCUCCUACCUCUACCGUCAUCUUCUUCUUCCUUCUCCUGCUGCUGCUACUUUUGCUUUUUCUUUGUUCCUCUCUCUCUCUCUUUCGAUCUUUUGCCUCGACUUGUAAAGAAAGAAGAGGGAAAGAGAAAGAGAAAGAGAUGGAUAGAGAGAGGGAGAGAGAGUGAUUGAUUCGAAAUCGUGAAAGAAAUUUGAAUUUCGUCGAUAGGGACGGGAAGAUCGCUCAUUCGAGCUGAAUUUCUGAUUGCUGAUUGCUCAUAUAUAUAUAUAUAUAUAUAUUGAGAGAUUGACGGGAGGAGACUGUUUGUGAGGAGGAGGAAGAAGAACAAGGAUGAGAGACGUAGCGGAUUUGUCAGCGUCCUUGAUCCAAAGAUCUAUCCUUACAUAUUCAUCUUCUUCGUCUUCGUCGUCUUCAUCAAUUUUUGAUAACUUUCCUCUCAUUGCUGCUCUGAUCGCUUUCGCUCUCGCACAAUCCGGAAAAUUAUUGACUACCUGGUACAAGGAAAGACGAUGGGAUGCUAAACAACUCAUUAGCUCUGGUGGGAUGCCGUCAUCUCAUUCUGCCACAGUUACUGCUCUUGCUACAGCUAUUGGAUUCCAUGAUGGCUUUGGAGGAUCACUGUUUGCUACUGCAAUUAUCUUAGCUUUUGUUGUGAUGUAUGAUGCUUUUGGCGUUAGAUUACAGGCUGGACGUCAGGCUGAGGUGCUGAAUCAAAUUGUAUAUGAGCUUCCAGCUGAGCAUCCGCUGGCUGACACUAGACCAUUGCGUGAACUUCUUGGUCACACUCCUACUCAGGUUAUUGCUGGUGGAUUGCUAGGAGUUCUCACUGCUUCCAUUGCCUAUUUGAUCAAGAGAGCAUGUUCUCAAGCUUGAUGCUAUGUAUAUGUCAUACGGUUUGACCUUUGAACCCUGAUUACGUAUCGACACUGAUGACAGACAAGCUACUUGCCUGAAUUGGUUACUCACAUAUAAACACAAAGCACAUAUUCUUUGUAAUUUUUUCAUAACUACGCUGCUUCUUUCGGCAUUGUUCUCUUUCUUUCCACUUGGAUUACAUUAUGUUCAAAAUGAACUUUAUUGAUUGUAACAGUGAUUGGAAUUUGAAAAAAAUAUGUUAUUUUCUGUUCUGUAACUGCAGAAAGGCUUGUCUGCUUUAGAAUCAGUUCAAACCAUAGACUUCGUUAUACCAAUAAUGUUUAACAACAGUUUAAUUUUCCA